AUGCCAUAUGUCAAACGAACCGGGCGGGAUGGGGAUCGGAAGUGGGCGGAGCUGUGGCAGCAAAUUUGGGACUACGAAGACAUAUAUAAGGUGAUAUAUCUUUCCAUUCUCUCCACUUAUGGAAUACCGCAGGGCUACCACCUGCCUGAUGGUGAUGGGUUUUCGCACGAGGAGGAAUAUCCAGGAGGGAAUGAUGGCCCUGUCGGCGGUUGCAAGGAAGGAGAAAUCUUGCACGUUGAUGGAACUUGCACAACUCCUAUAAUUACCAGAAAAGUAUACUUGUACGAUGCCCCUGAUAUCCCAGUAGGACCCAUUGGGCCGCCACCAAGCGUGCCGCCACCGAAGGUAGAUCGCAAUGUCUUCUUAGUAAGCCUUCCUGAAAAGGCUCCACCGCUUGAACCUAUUAUUGUUCCUCCACCAAGGCAGACAAGCAUCGUCUAUGUCCUGAAUAAGAAGGAGAUAGAGACUCCAAAGUUGAUCGAGGUCAAUCCUCCUCCAGCGUCCAACCCUGAAGUCUAUUUCGUCAACUACCAAGAAGGAGAAAACCCAACUCUUCCAUUAGGGGUCGACCUCGAGACUGCUCUCAGUGUGGCCACAGAAGCCGGCGAGGUCCUUGGAGUUGCUGGAGGGUUUGGAGAUGCCGCAGAUGGAUUCAAUGAUGGCUUGGGAGGUGGCACAGGAUUUGAUAGUGAUGGUCUAACAGGCGAUGGCGGUUUUGUAGGUGGAGCUAUUAAUGGAUUUGUUGGUAGUAAUGGUGGCGCCUUUGGAAUUAAUGGCGGACAUGCCAAUGCUGGAGGAGGAGGUGCUGGAGUAAGUGAAGGUUUUGGCGCUACUAAUGGAGGCAUAGGUGCGCAGACUCCAUCAGGGCUGUAUUCCGGGCCUUAA